CUUCAACUCGCCGUUCAUGGCAGGGAAGCUCUUCCCUGCAGUUGCUGCUUGCGCAGCAGUCAUCGCCACUGUUCUCGUCAUCUCUACCCUGAGGCCUAGACAGUCAUCGGUCCUUGCCGCCAACUCGAUCUGGGCUGAGACUGGCAUGACGCCUCCUGUCCCCCACCCCAAGGUCGCUGGGCAUGCCCACCAUGCGCCAAGACCGCACACCCUCACCGCUGAGGAGUAUGAAGCGAUGCACAAGAAGGCGCCCCAAGUCGUUCAUGGCAGCAACCGCCUGUUCCGUGCAGCUGCAAAGUCCUGGCAGAAGUGGGAGAACUCCUACUUCCACCCCGCUGCUGGGAUCCCGCUGAACCUCAAGACCCGCACCGGGCUGUAUGCCCAGCAUACCAAGGUGAUGCCCAAGAGAGCCAAGAACGUGGAUUCCUGGGAGAAUUCUUACUUCCAGCCCAUCGGCAAGGGAGCUCAGCCCACUGCCGAGCAGAGGAUGGCGCAUUUCUCCGGCGCCAAGGGAGCUGUUGCUCACAGCAAGGUGGCCAACCUCCGCCAGAAGGCUGCCUUGCGCUGGCAGAAGUGGGAGGACUCGAACUUCGGCCACACUCAGCAACAAGUUGCGCGUGCUCGCCUCCCUGAGUCUGAGGAGCCGGCCAAGAUGGCAGCGAGACGAGGAUCGACCAAGCACAGCAAGAAGCAGAGCAUCGUCGACAAGUUGGUCUCUGACAGCUGGGUCAACCAUGCUGAGAUCGACGACCAGCACAAGCGUCAGCCAGUGAGGUUCAUCGACACUCUCAAUUAGAUUCAAGUACAGCGAUCAAACUCCAUCUCUGGUACCUCAAUCAC